AUGAAGUGCUUCUACUGCGACAAAGGCUACUCAUCCCGUUGCGUCAACAGUAAGUUGUUUGGUUGUCCCGCUCUCGAUGGCGGGCAGGCCGAAUAUGUGCGUGUCCCUCACGCCGAUGGCACCUCCAUGAAGGCCCCAGGCACCAUUUCCGAUAGGGCAUUAAUCCUGAUGGCCGACAUUUUCCCGACUGGUUUCUUCGGUGCGAAGAGUGGCUUCGCCAUGCUAAAGGAUAAGGAGAGGCUGGAUGCUACUGCUGUUGUGAUCGGUUGCGGCCCAGUCGGUCUUUGUGCCAUUAUUGCCGCCCUCGAGUAUCGUCCCAAGCAUCUUUUUGCCAUUGACAGUGUCGACAGUCGCCUGGAGUUGGCCAAAAACUUGGGCGCGGAGCCCUUGAACUUCAUGACAGACCGUGCCGGAAUGGAGAAGCGGAUCAAGGAGGUGACGGAGGGUCGUGGAGCUGAUGUUGUCAUCGAGGUUGUGGGCCUCUCCCCUGCACUGAGGACGGCAUACGAUGUGGUUAGACCAUUUGGCGUGAUCAGCAGCAUUGGCGUCCACAACGCUGAGAUACCGUGGAACGGAGAUGAGGCGUAUAGCAAGAACCUGCGAGUCCAGAUGGGGCGCUGCCCCGUGCGAUCCAUCUUCCCAGAGGCUCUCGCCUUGCUGGAGAAGAAGCAAGACAAAGUUGGAUUCAUGUUCGACCGCAUCAUGCCUUUGCGCGAUGCUGUCGAGGGAUAUGCGCUAUUCGACCAGAUGAAGGUCCAGAAGGUAAUCUUCACGCCGUGA